CACGUCCGUCGCUGCCGUUGGCUGACUUCCGGUGGUGCUGAAGCUGAGUUUCCGCGGGAUCAGGCCGGCGGGAUGGAACAAAAGUAGAACUUUUAAAAUGUUGCCCUGUAAGAAGAGAAGAACCACAGUGACAGAGUCUCCACAGCAUGAGGGCAACCAGGAAGAAGGUGACUUAGAUUUAGAGUCAGCUGUUAAACUAGAAUCUGACCUGGUUAAAGACCUGGGCUCAGUGUCACUGACCUGGGGUCCAAGCCAUGGCACGGCUGCUGAUCUUGAAAUACAGUCGAUACAGGGCACAAGAAGUCAGCUUGGCAUGGAGGAUCUAUCUUCAAGCUCUAGGGUACCCCCACAAGACACAAGUGUACCAAUUCUAGAAGCUGUUGACGUGGCCAUCUCUCAGGGAAUUACCUUAUCUUCUUUGGAGUCUUCCCAGCCCUUUAAUAUACAUAUUGGUAAGGGAAAACUCCAGGCCACUGGCUCAAGGAGAGGGAAGAAAAUUGCACUCAGGCCAGGGCCGGUUACUGGAGAAGACAGAGGUGAUCAUCCCAUCACAAAGGAGCCUUUUUCAGGCGAGCCUAGUGAAGAAGUCAAGGAAGAAGGAGGAAAAUCUCAAAUACAUUCUGGAGGGGAGAUACCUUCACAGCCAUCAAGCAGCCUCUCUGUACAACCAGGGGCCCAGCCUAGGAAAUCAUCCCAACCCAGUGUCUCUGCCUCUCCUCAAGAAAAGUCACCUAGGACUCAAGCUUUCCAAGCCGAGGAAGAGAUAGAGGAUGGUGGACUCUUCAUUCCAAUGGAAGAGCAAGACAGUGAAGAAGGUGAGAGAAGGCGAAAAAAGAAAAAGGGUACCAAGAGGAAACGAGAUGGAAGGGGUCAAGAAGAAGGGACUUUGGCUUAUGACCUGAAACUGGAUGAUAUGCUUGACCGUACCUUAGAGGAUGGCGCCAAACAGCACAAUCUAACAGCGGUCAAUGUGCGAAACAUUCUUCAUGAAGUAAUCACAAAUGAACAUGUGGUGGCAAUGAUGAAAGCAGCCAUCAGUGAGACGGAAGAUAUGCCGAUGUUUGAGCCUAAAAUGACACGCUCUAAACUGAAGGAAGUGGUGGAGAAAGGGGUGGUAAUACCAACAUGGAACAUUUCACCAAUUAAGAAGGCCAAUGAAAUUAAGCCUCCUCAGUUUGUGGAUAUCCACCUUGAAGAAGAUGAUUCCUCAGAUGAAGAGUACCAGCCAGAUGAUGAAGAAGAAGAUGAGACUGCUGAAGAGAGUUUAUUGGAAAGUGAUGUUGAAAGCACUGCUUCAUCUCCGCGUGGGGCAAAGAAAUCUAGAGCAAGGCAGGCUUUUGAAAUGAUGGAAACAGAUGAGGAGAGUGGUAUAAUACCAGAGGCUGAGAAAGUUACCACACCUACCAUCAGACACAUCAGUGCUGAGGUAGUACCCAUGGGGCCUCCCCCGCCUCCAAAGCCAAAGCAGACCAGGGAUAGCAUGUUCAUGGAGAAGUUGCAUGCAGUGGAUGAGGAGUUGGCUUCCAGUCCAGUCUGCAUAGAUUCUUUCCAGCCUAUGGAUGACAGCCUCAUUGCAUUCCGAACCCGUUCUAAGAUGCCCCUGAAAGAUGUUCCCCUGGGGCAACUAGAGGCAGAACUCCAAGCUCCAGAUAUCACCCCAGACAUGUAUGACCCCAAUACAGCAGAUGAUGAGGACUGGAAAAUGUGGCUAGGGGGACUCAUGAAUGAUGACGUAGGGAACGAAGAUGAGGCAGAUGAUGAUGAUGAUCCAGAAUAUAAUUUCCUGGAAGAUCUUGACGAACCAGACACAGAGGAUUUCCGCACUGACCGGGCAGUGAGAAUCACCAAAAAGGAAGUGAAUGAGCUGAUGGAAGAGCUGUUUGAAACUUUCCAAGAUGAAAUGGGAUUCUCCAAUAUGGAAGAUGAUGGCCCGGAAGAAGAGGAUCGUGUGACUGAGUCUCGGCCUAACUUUAACACCCCUCAAGCCCUUCGAUUUGAGGAACCAUUGGCCAAUUUGCUAAAUGAGCAGCAUCGGACAGUGAAGGAGCUACUUGAACAACUGAAGAUGAAGAAAUCUUCAGCCAAACAGCAGCAGGAGGUAGAGAGGGUCAAGCCUCAGAGUGAGAAGAUUAAUCAGACUUUGGUUCUAGACCCAGCACAGAGGAAGAGACUCCAGCACCAGAUGCAGCAGCAUGUUCAGCUCUUGACACAAAUCCACCUUCUUGCCAGCUCCAACCCCAAUCUCAAUUCGGAGGCCAAUACCACCAGGAUAUUUCUUAAAGAGCUGGGAACAUUUGCUCAAAGCUCCAUUGCUCUUCAUCAUCAGUUCAACCCCAAGUUUCAGACCUUAUUCCAACCUUGUAACCUGAUGGGAGCUGUGCAACUCAUUGAAGACUUCAACACACAUGUCAGCAUUGACUGGAGUCCUCGUAAAACGGUCAAGAAGCCUGCCUAUGAAUUUCCCUGUUUGCCAAAGCAAGUGGCUUGGAUUCUGGCCACAAGCAAAGUUUUCAUGUACCCAGAGCUACUUCCAGUGUGUUCCCUGAAGGCAAAGAAUCCCCAGGAUAAGAUCAUCUUCACUAAGGCUGAGGACAACUUGAUAGCUUUAGGACUGAAGCACUUUGAAGGGGCUGAAUUUCCUAAGCCUUUAAUCAGCAAGUACCUUCUAACCUGCAAGACUGCCCACCAACUGACAGUGAGAAUCAAGAAUCUCAACAUGAACAGAGCUCCUGACAACGUCAUUAAAUUUUAUAAGAAGACCAAACAGCUGCCCAUCUUGGUAAAGUGCUGUGAAGAGAUCCAGCCACAUCAGUGGAAGCCACCUGUCGAGCGGGAAGAACAUCGGCUCCCAUUCUGGUUAAAGGCCAGUUUGCCGUCCAUCCAGGAGGAACUGCAGCAUAUAGCUGGUGGUGCUGGAGAGGUAGCAAAUGUGACUGGAGCAACUGAGACCAAGUCUGAGCCAGGCCUAGAGAAAGGCAGCUCAGAUUUGAGGGGUGAAGCUCAGUAUCCACUUCUCUUGCCUAAGGGUGUAGUUCUGAAACUGAAGCCAGUUGCCAACCGUCUUUCCAGGAAGGCUUGGAGACAAAAGCGGUCGUCAGUCCUGAAACCCCUCCUUAUCCAACCUAGCCCAUCUCUCCAGUCCAGCUUCAACUCUGGGAAAACUCCAAACAGGUCAACUCAAUCAGAAGCCCCUCCAAGCAAAAUGAUGGUCCAGGUUCCUCACCUGACCCAACCAACCACUGCCUUACAGACAGUGCCAGGUGUCACUACACUGGGCAUCACUGGGGGUAAUUGUUUUGAGUCUCCUAUGGCGCUGCCUACCAUGUCCUCAGAGGCCAAAAUCAGCUUACCUCUAUCUGAGUCCCAGAACCUGCUCUGCCCUGCCUCUGUGCCCAAGGUAAUGCUGCCUUCACUCGGCCCUUCUAAAUUUCGAAAACCCUGUGUGAAACGGAGACCUCCAAAGAGAAAGGGGACCAAGGCCUCUCCGUAUCUAAAACCUGCCCCCCUCAUCCACCAUGCACCUGUUAUCUUCACUGUUCCUGCCACCACUGUGAAGGUCGUGAGCCUUGGCAGUGGCUGUAACAUGAUCCAACCUGUUAGUGCAACUGUGGCCCAGAAUUCUCAGGCCAUUCCCAUCACAACCCUCUUGGUUAACCCUACUUCCUUCCCCUGUCCUUUGAACCAGCCCCUUGUGGCCUCCUCCAUCCCACCCUUAAUUGUUUCUGGUAACCCUGUGCAUCUUCCUGUACCAUCUACCCGUGAAGAUAAAGCCCAAGUCGGUGUGGAUAUUGCUUGUCCUUUGACUGAAGGAAAAAGUGCCUUUCCAGGCAUUAAACCCAAAUUGGAACCCCAGGAACAAUCUCCUCUCUGUACUACUGUCUUUCCCAAAGAAGAGCACAGCCCAGGGCCUCCACUGGCAGAGAGGAGGUUCCAGGAAGAAUUGUCAAAGAACAGCGCCUAUUGCUGGACAACUGUGAAAACAGAAGAGGGGAGGCAAGUUCUGGAGCCACUGCCUCAGGGCUUCCAGGAGUCUCUAAACUCUCCCCCUGGGGAUUUAGAGGAAAUUGUCAAGAUGGAAUCUGAAGACACAAGGGAGGAGCUUUCCAGUGGAUUCCCCAAGCAGGACCUUGGUGAUGAAGUCAAAGAAGAACAGUCUGUGGAAUUGGACACUAGUUCCCCAAAUGAGGGGUCAAGUGGUAUGAAAGAAGUAAAGAAACAGACAGGCCUACAAAAGGAAGAAGGGAGGAAUCAGCCAGUUAAAACCCCUUCAACUCCUCAGGAUUCUCCUGAUGAUGGAAACUCAGGAGGAGAUGUGAGCAAAGGAUCUCCAAAGAAUGCUUCAUCCUCCACUGAUCCUGAAAUGGUGCUUAGCAGUCCCCUGGGCAGGCCUGAAGACUCCUCCAGUGUUGAUGGUCAGUCAUUAGGGACCCCAGCUGGGCCAGAAACUGGAGGAGAGAAGGAUGGGCCAGAGGAAGAAGAGGAAGAGGAAUUUGAUGACCUUACCCAAGAUGAGGAAGAUGAGAUGUCAUCAGCCUCUGAGGAGUCUGUGCUUUCUGUUCCAGAACUGCAGGAAACAAUGGAGAAACUGACUUGGCUUGCAUCUGAAAGGCGCAUGAGUCAGGAGGGUGAGUCGGAGGAAGAAAACUCACAGGAGGAGAACUCUGAGCCAGAGGAAGAAGAGGAAGAGGAAGCAGAAGGAAUAGAAAGCCUGCAGAAAGAAGAUGAAAUGACCGACGAAGUAGUUGGAGACCCUGCUGAGAAGCCCCCUUCCCCUGUUACCUCACCCCAGCCUGCUCCAGAAGUGGAGCCCAGCAGAACCCCACCAGGAGAGAGCAUCAAAUCUGCUGGCAAGGGCCGGAGCAAUCAUCGAGCUCGCAACAAGCGGGGGAGUCGAGCCCGGGCCAGCAAGGACACCUCUAAGCUGCUGUUGCUAUAUGAUGAGGACAUUCUCGAGCGGGAUCCACUCAGGGAACAGAAGGACUUGGCCUUUGCCCAGGCUUAUCUGACCAGGGUACGAGAAGCCCUACAACAUGUUCCUGGCAAGUAUGAGGACUUCCUACAGAUUAUCUAUGAGUUUGAGUCAGGUACCCAGAAGCAGACAGCUGUGGAUCUCUACAGAAGCCUGCAAACUCUGCUCCGUGAUUGGCCUCUGCUGUUGAGAGACUUUGCUGCUUUCCUAUUGCCAGAUCAAGCUCUGGCCUGUGGAUUAUUUGAGGAGCAGCAGGCUUUUGAGAAGAGUCGCAAGUUCCUUCGGCAGUUGGAGAUUUGCUUUGCAGAGAACCCCUCGCACCACCAGAAGAUUAUCAAGGUCCUACAAAGUUGUGCAGACUGCUUGCCCCAGGAGAUCACCGAACUUAAGACACAGAUGUGGCAGCUCCUCAAGGGCCAUGACUACUUGCAAGAUGAGUUCUCCAUCUUCUUUGACCAUCUGCGCCCAUCAGCGAGCCGGAUGGGUGACUUUGAAGAGAUCAAUUGGACUGAGGAGAAAGAGUAUGAGUUUGAUGGCUUCGAAGAAGUGGCAUUGCCUGAUGUGGAAGAGGAAGAGGAACCUCCCAGGAUACCCGCAGCCUCGAAGAACAAGAGAAAAAAAGAGAUUGGGGUUCAAAGUCAUGAUAAGGAGGCUGAGUGGCCAGACGGGGCCAAAGAGUGUGCGUGUGCCUGCCAUGAGGGAGGUCCCGAUUCCAAAGUGAAGAAGAGCAAAAGGAGAAAUUGUAGCCACUGUAGCAUCAAGGUCUGUGACAGCAAAUCCUGUAAGAGCAAGGAGCCCCAUGAGUUGGUGGGCAAUAGCCCCCACCGAGAGGCCAGUCCCAUGCUUGGUACGAAGGAAGCUGUGCAGCGCAAGGACGUGGUGGAGGAGGAAGCAUCAGAGGAGCGAGAGAGCACUGAGGCAACCCAGAGCAGGACAGGCAGGACCUCCAGAAAGGGAGAGACCCCUGUUGCAGGAUUGGCAGCAGGGAGCACUUUCCUGUCCCCUCAAGAAGUGACUCUUACGGAGCAACUCCUCCUGGCUGAACCACCACCUUGCUCACCUGAGAUUCCUCAGCUUUUUCCCAAAACUGGAGCUGUACUACACCCUGUUAGAAGAAACCAGACUGGGCCUGAGGUUGUCUCCUGUCCCAAGGCAUCCUGCAAACUUCAAAAAGAGAGGGAAGGUCCUAAAGCAGUGGAUGAGUCAGAGGCUUUACUUGUCCGGGAUGCUUCAGAAACUGAGAAAUUGCCUGGAACUGUUGAACUCUCAGCUUCUCCCCUAUGUCCUGUUUCCUCAAGAACCAGAGACUUAGGGAGAAGACAGGUGUCUGGAAAAUCCAAUACUCAAGAAAACUUGCUGUCAGGUGGCACUGGGAUGAAGAGAGCAGACAGGAUGUCCCCUGCCCCUGAAUCUUCAUUAAGAAUUGAUACCUCAGAGGCUUCUCCCAGAGCCUCUAGCGGGGGUUUGGCUAAGGACAGUGGAAUGCAAGGGAAGGGUCCAGAGGGGGAACAACAGCCAAAGGCCACAGAAGCUACGGUAUGUGCCAACAACAGCAAGGUCAGCUCCACUGGGGAGAAGGUUGUUCUUUGGACAAGGGAAGCUGACCGUGUGAUUCUGACCAUGUGCCAGGAACAAGGAGCCCAGCCACAAACCUUUAGCGUUAUUUCCCAACAGCUGGGAAACAAGACCCCUACUGAGGUUUCCCACCGUUUUCGAGAACUCAUGCAGCUCUUCCACACAGCCUGUGAGGCCAGUUCCGAGGAUGAGGAUGAUGCGACGAGCACCAGCAAUACAGACCAGCUUUCUGACCACGGGGACCUUCUGUCUGAGGAGGAGCUGGAUGAGUGAGACUCAGGGAGUGCGUGGGUGUUAUCUGCACAGGACCAAACCCAACAUGGCACCCUGAUGUUGGGAAGACGGUGAUUGUAGUUUGUAGAACAUCUGGGCCCAGUUUACAGAGCUGGAGGGGCAAGAGGCCCAAGGCCAAGGUCAGGCUGGGGGUUGGAGUAGGGCCCAGGAGCUCUCCCAUCCUAUGUCAGUCAUGGUCUCUUAUGAAAACCUUACAAACCUACCUUGUAAAUAGUAUUGUAGGAGUGGGACUCACCUCCUUUCUCUACCUUUUUUUUUUGUCUAAUGGUACUUAUUUAUUGGUCUGUGAUCUAAUCACAGUAUUUCUAAAUGUAAUAAAUAUUGAUACAGUGAGCCUUGAGACACAGUUUCUCUGCCCCAAGACACUGAGCUCCUGCAUCCAGCAGUUUUUAUUGGCAACUAGUUCUUUUUCCUUCUUGUAACUUUAGUCUGUGAGGCUGUCACCAUCCUGAUAGCACUGGGCCAGUCUGCACAGCUCCUGCAGCAUCUCCUCCAUGUCAUCCUGUUCCACUCCAGUGGCCAUGAAGCUGGCCCAGCGCCGCAGGUCGAGUUUGGAGAGUUUCUUGGCCAAGCCUCCUAGAGCCCGGUGCAAGGAUGAAGAGGAACAGAGGGUCCCGAACACAGGGAUGCUCUCCACUGCUGUGGAGGGAAAGAAAAAUGAGACCCAUGAGUGGACUGUUAUAGAACCUUAGGGUCACACAGAUAGGGAAAUCUGGGUCCUUAAUAGACUUGACUAUAAAGUUAUCUCUGAAAGUGUUGGGUAUGGUCCCCUUAGCACACCGCUACUCCAGAGGGUGAAAGAACACUUGUCUUAGGAGCCACAGGGUGAAUAAAAAAGCAUUUAA